CCCCUGGGCCUCCAUUUUUAUUCCCACGCUUACCUCCGCAUGCGUCUUCUCUCUGCUUCUCCGCGAGGCCUCCGCCCACCGCCGCUAGAUCUCGGAGAAGAUCGAAGCGACCGACGGCGAUAGAAGCGGCGACGACCCACCACGACCGCUGAUCCGAACCUCCGCCGCCUGUCCGCUCCCGACGUCCGGGAUUCUAGCGGUGGGGGUGCAUCUCCUUCCCGCCGACGAGACGCCGCUGCCGCCAUGGCCGACACUGCGGAACGAGCGGCGGGGAUCUCGCGGUAGCGGCCAGAUUGAUAGAGUUUCUCCGCGAUGGCGCCGGAGGCGUCGUCGGGGAGGAGCUGGGUGGAGUCCUACACCGGGAUGUCUGCCGACAACAUCAAGGGCCUCAUCCUCGCUCUCUCCUCGAGCUUCUUUAUCGGCGCCAGCUUCAUCGUCAAGAAGAAGGGUUUGAAGAAGGCGGGUGCUUCUGGGGUUAGGGCAGGAGCUGGGGGCUAUUCUUACUUGCACGAACCACUUUGGUGGGUGGGAAUGAUAACAAUGAUUGUUGGUGAAGUUGCUAAUUUUGCAGCUUAUGCAUUUGCUCCAGCUAUUUUGGUCACUCCUCUUGGUGCACUUAGCAUAAUCAUCAGUGCUGCCCUUGCACAUAUCAUAUUACGGGAGAGGCUCCAUGUAUUUGGCAUUCUUGGUUGUGUUCUUUGUGUUGUGGGGUCAACCACAAUUGUUCUCCAUGCCCCUCAGGAGCGUGAGAUUGAAUCUGUGAAGGAAGUAUGGGAUCUGGCAACCGAACCAGCUUUUCUGUUCUAUGCAGCGGUAGUAAUUGCUGCUGUUUUUGUACUUAUAUUCCAUUUUAUCCCCCAGUACGGACAGACACACAUUAUGGUGUACAUUGGUGUUUGCUCUCUCAUAGGUUCUCUAUCGGUUAUGAGUGUGAAAGCUCUUGGAAUAGCUCUGAAGUUAACAUUUUCGGGAAUGAAUCAGUUAAUUUAUCCCGAAACUUGGGCUUUCACAAUAGUUGUAGCUGCAUGUGUGAUUACUCAAAUGAACUAUCUCAACAAGGCUCUUGAUACAUUCAACACAGCAGUCGUGUCGCCCAUAUACUAUGUGAUGUUUACAUCCUUAACCAUUUUGGCUAGUGUGAUCAUGUUCAAGGAUUGGGAUCGGCAAAAUCCAACACAAAUAGUCACAGAGAUGUGUGGCUUUAUCACUAUUCUUUCUGGGACAUUUCUUCUUCACAAGACCAAGGACAUGGCUGAUGGUCAUUCACCAUCUCUAUCUGUGCGCCCCCAAAAGAGUGCGGAUGGAGAUGGCUACCUCACUGAGGGCAUUCCUCUCAGGUGUCAGGACUCACUCGGAUUGCCAUGAUUUCGUUUGGAGCUGUCUUUCCAUCGGCUUUACAUGCAUCAUGGUUACAUUAGGCCUACUGAGGAAAAAAGAAAAAUCUAGAUUUUUCCUUGGGAAAGUAUAGUAUUUUUUUUUUCUCUCUUUUUCAAAAUUCUUAAACCAAUAGGUUUUGUCCCCCUUGUAUGAGACAGUGGUAAAGACCUAUGGGGCUCAAUGGGUUAUACAUCCAAUGUAUUUUAGCUUCAAUUGCCAAUUAAUUCACUUUUUAAUCUUAGCUGUUGAACAUGGAGUUAGGACCAUGUCCUAAACUUUGCUAUAAAAUAUUUUGGUAUUAAUGUGAAUAGUGCAGCAAGCUGAAAAAUUACUUUGCUAAA